AGCAAUGUGGACUCUGGAGAAGCGCGGGAAGUGAAUGUGUCUGACGUAAACAAACCUGUCAGGACUUGUGUGGCAGUAUUGUUUUUAUUUAACAAUGCACUAUCCUUGGAGCGUAUUGGGUUGAUGUGCGUGUCAUAAUACAUACAAUAAGAUCAAUUUUUACGUGUGCAAAGUACGACGGCGGUGUUCCUUGGGUACACCUCACCUCACCAUGCCUGAAGUUUUGCUGAAUGGAGUGCAAGUGAGGUUUCCUUUUGAGCCUUAUGAAGUGCAGACGACAUACAUGACCAAAGUAAUAGAGUGUCUUCAGAAUGGGAUAAAUGGCAUCUUGGAAUCUCCUACGGGUACUGGCAAGACACUCUGCCUGCUGUGCUCCUCCCUGGCAUGGCUGGAGACCACCAAAGCCAGGUUUGCCGCCAUGAGACAAGAGUCCUCCAAUGCUCCUACCUCUCUCAGCAUGCAGCUUUCGGGUGCCGUGGGCCAGUCCUGGCAGGAUGUGAGGAUGGCGCCUCCAAAGAUUAUUUACUCGUCACGCACUCACUCUCAGCUGAGUCAGGCCACCAGUGAACUGAAGAGGACAACCUACAAGUAUAUGAAGGUAGCAGUGGUGGGCUCCAGAGACCAGAUGUGUGUUCAUCCUGAGGUGAGCAAGGAGACUAACAACAACAGCAAAGUGUACAUGUGCCAGAUGAGAGUCAAAGCCAAGACCUGCCACUAUUACAACCAGGUUGAUAACAAGAAAGAUGACCCUGAGUUACGGAAAGACAUUCUUGACAUAGAGGACUUGGUAAAGAUGGGGAAGAAAAGGUCAUUCUGCCCUUACUACAUGAGCAGAGAACUGAAGAGAGAUAGUGACAUUAUAUUCAUGCCUUACAACUACCUCCUAGACCCCAAGACACGCAAAGCUCAUGGUGUGGAGCUGGAGGGUAAUAUUGUGAUUUUUGAUGAAGCUCACAAUGUAGAAAAGAUGUGUGAGGAAGCAGCCUCUCACCAGUUUAGCUCCACAGACCUGGCCCUCUGCAUUGAUGAAGUAACUCAGGUAAUGAAAAAGAUUCAAGAGAACCAUGAUGCAGGUGAUGCUGCUGCUGCUGUUACAGAUUCCAGUCAGGAUCUGCCAGACUUCUUGGCUAAUGACCUCUACACCUUGAAGGCUCUUUUCCUUGAACUAGAAAAGGCAAUUGACACCAUUCCUCUGCCAUCGGAUGGGUCUGGAGCAUCACAUCCUGGAGAUUACAUGUUUGAGAUUCUAGAGAAGGCUGACAUCACCCCUAACAAGAAGACUGUCAUUGUUGAACUUCUUGAGAAACUAAUUCAGUACCUGACAGUGAACAGCUCUUCGCCAUUCCAAAGAAAGGGUGCAGGUCUCCAGAAAUUUUUGGACCUCAUAUACAUAGUGUACAGUAAAGACUGUUUCUCCCUUGAACAAAUGCAAUCAGUGAAGAGGAGCUACAAGGUUCAUGUGAGUGUUGAGGAGCCCAAGAAGAAGGCAGGGCAGCAGGACGCCUGGCACGUCCCAAAGACUGUCACCUCCAAGAGUGGCCGCGUUAUCUCCUAUUGGUGUUUUCAUCCGGGCUUUGGGAUGCAGUCUUUGGUGGAGCAGGGUGCCAAGUGUGUCAUUCUCACCAGUGGCACCCUCAGCCCACUGGACUCCUUCACCAGUGAAUUACAGGUGCCAUUUCCAGUGCAGCUUGAAAACCCACAUAUCAUCAAGAGACAUCAGGUGUGGGCGGGAGUUGUCUGCCACGGCCCAGAUGGGAUGAAUCUCAACUCUUCCUUCAAAAAUAGGUCAGACCCUCGAUACAAGAGAUCAUUGGGUCAGACAAUCCUGAACCUUGCCCGAGUCAUCCCAGAUGGCCUCCUGGUCUUCUUUCCCUCAUACACUGUUAUGAAAGAUUGUCAGGAGGAUUGGCAGACCUCGGGUGUGUGGAGCCGACUCUCUGAAAUCAAGCCAAUCUUUGUGGAGCCAAAGACAAAAAAUGAGUUUCAGAUGGCAAUGCAAGAGUAUUAUGAGAAGAUCAAAGAUCCAGCCUUCACAGGGGCUUGUUUCAUGGCUGUCUGCCGGGGAAAGGUCUCUGAGGGAUUGGACUUUGCAGACUACAAUGGACGAGCAGUGAUCAUCACAGGGCUGCCGUAUCCUCCCUUCAAAGACCCCAGAGUUGUCCUCAAGCAGAAGUACCUGGAGGAGGCUCGUACCAGACAAAAACAUGGACUGACUGGCCAGGCAUGGUACAACUUGGAAGCCUCCCGUGCUGUCAACCAAGCAGUGGGAAGGGUCAUCAGACACAAAGAUGACUUCGGGGCCAUUGUUCUUUGUGACAGCCGGUUUGCCUCCACACACUUCAAGGGUCAGCUGUCAGCCUGGAUACGUCCACACGUCACAAACUACAACAAAUUUGGACCCGUCAUGAGGGAGAUCACGCAGUUCUUCAAGCAGGCACAGAUUUUGCUGCCAUGUCCCAAGGGGACAGAGAAAAAGUGUGCACCGGCCCAAGCUAUCCAAUAUGAAGAGUCCAUCCCAGCAGCAUCCUACCCAGUCACUGCUCAUGCCCUUGAGUCAGUCGGUUCUCGCUCUGUAACCUCACAAAAUACUUCCAAACAUUCCAUUGAGGGUCAGAGUACAGUGAAUGCUUUUUCGGAGACUAUAUCAGACCUCAACUACCCUGCAUCCAAGGAGACCAAGGAAGUUGUAAGGAGUGGCAAUGAGUCCAUAUUUACAUUAUUUGAGCAAGAAGUUAAAGUCAAGCCUCAAGAAUUCACCUUCUCUGCCCCUCCUCCUCCUCUACCUGAUUAUCUUAGCAUUAAGAUGAAUAGCAAACGGAGAAAGAUUAAGCUUGUUCCAAGAAUGGGAAUACCUGUUGAAGGAAGUGAAGGUGUUUCUGAGCAUGUUCUGAAGCCACCAAAUCCUGAAGCAAGUGUUUCAUCAGGUUGUGAUAAAGUAGAUAAGCACAGCAAGUUGUGCCAUCCAACAGAACUUGAAGGCAGCAAAGUGAAAAAUACUUCAGAAAAGGAGGAGGAGAAGAAGAGAAAGCUAAAGGCUACAGGAGCAUACAUCAUGGAGGUGAAAGCUGCAGUAUCCAAGGAAAAAUAUGCAGUGUUCUCAUCAACUGUUAAAGAAUACAAAACCAAAGGUGAUUUUGAGAAAUUGCUGAAUGUGAUGCCAACCAUAUUUUCAAAUGAACCAGCUCAACAGGCUCUCAUGAAAAAAUUUCAACAUUUUCUGAAACCAGAAGAUAGAGAAAAGUUUGAAACUUUCAUGGCAGAUACUCCACAGACAUAGAUAAGACCAUGGUGUGCUCUGUGAGUGGGAGAAGAAAUGCACAAAGGACCCACGGUGAUGGCAAGAGCCUUGUUAUGUUGUGUGCCAUGUGUGAGACUGACCACUGAGAGUCUGAGUCUGCUCUGUCUGUCUUCCAUGAAAACCUUGGACUGAGGUGGAUUUUUAUGUAGUACUAGUAGGUAAUGUGUGUGUGUGUGUGUGUGUGUGUGUGUGUGUGUGUGUGUGUGUGUGUGUGUGUGUGUGUGUGUGUGUGUGUGUGUGUGUGUGUGUGUGUGUGUGUGUGUGUGUGUGUGUGUGUGUGAGUGUGAGGGGUGCUGUGUUGUUGAGUAUAUGGCUGGCCUCUCUCUAGUCUUUCUUUCUUGUAACUCUUACCUGCCACUCUCAUUUUCAUCAAUAUUACAUAAUGGUUGGAUCUGUUAAGCAAAUCUUUCAACUCUGUCAUCCAUCACUUAUCAGUCAUUCAUGUACAGCUAUAUUAUUAACAAUGCCUUGGGUCAUCCUCACCAAGCUGGCCCCUGUACCAGUGAACCUUCUUGUGCUGGAAUGAAGUGUUUGCUACAAAUUACUUUAUCAUUACACAUUCAUCAGCCACUUGCCACUCUCAUAUUCAUUAUCCAUAUGUAACUGAACAUUCAUUUGACUUUCCUGUUCAUGCAAACUUUCACUUUUACAUGCCCCAAUAGAAUUUUUCCCCACACACAAGACACCCAAGAUGUGCAUCAUUGUUGUUAAUUACUUGUGCUCUUCAUGUCCAGAGCCUUUAUCAAUGUAGUAACUGCUGUAAUAGGGUUUCUUCAUUCUGUGAUACUUGAUUUACAUACUUAAAUUUUGCAGUUUGAGAUAGAAAAACCAAGUCUAAUAAUGAUUGCAGUAGUCCAGUGAUCUGGUAUUUGCUUUAUCUGUCAUCACAAGACUUGCACAAUACAGGCUGGAUGUGAUCAUGUCUGUAAGAAUAACACAUCACUGGCAGCAAUAUACAGGCAAAAAUCUUGUCAUGUGUGUACUGUCAGUUCAAAGUAAGUGUGUUGGCUGUUGUACAGUGAGUUUGCACAAGAAUGUAUUGCACAUCAAAAGGAUUCCAUCAUAUGAGUUUGAAAAUUGUAAUAAAUUAAUGUUUUAGAGAGACAUUGCAGAAUGCUUUUGAAAUCAUUUCAGUGUUUUUGUGUUAGUCUCAGGUUAGAGUUGUUCCAAGCUGGGAACAGUCAGGCAGCUGUGUGUACUUCAUUAUUUUCUAUACUAUUACAUUUUUUUUUUUUUUCAUAAUAUUGUCAUCUUGUUUAAUGUACGUACGCCAGAGCUGAGCCUUUGUAUUUAUAUUUUUUAAUAAAUAUUGAAAAU